AUGUUGGCAGACUUGGACCAGAUAGACGACGAUCCAUUUGUACCGAACAGGGCCAAUAGCGGCGUCCUCUGUUGGGACCCACAGAUUGACAUUUCACUGCAUAAACAAUACCAUACUUUCAGCGACCUAAAGCGCCAGUGCUUAACAGAACUAUAUCCUAGCGAUGUCCUGGAGUAUAUUUCGCUCAUCAGAGUGAUGAAGUCCUAUGGAGAUAAGAUCAAUGUUCUCAACUUGCUCCAUCUUGAAUCGAAUUUUCGGGCAAGGUCAGCAGCAAAAGUACACUUCCAUCUAUGUGAGAGUGAUCUAGAGAUACUAAAAUGGGAACGGACAGCCUUACAAAAACGUCUUACGGCCUUACGUCUAGUCGCUCUGGACUCCCGAAGGCGUUGCAUAUUGGCAGGUCAUUCCCUCCAAGGAAUUGACGAUCGAAUUCGUCCGCCGGAUCUCUUCAACGAUCCAAACGAAGCUUUGGAUCUAUGCCUCAGCCCUCAACUCGGAAGAGCACCCAGGCCAAUAUCCAACGAGGUUCUCGAGAGAGAGGUCAAAUGCGAAGUUCUCGAUGAAUGGUCGACCAAUCGAGACCGCAUCAACCGCUGGUUGCUUCAUUGCCUGCAAUCCGACGAAGAGCAGGCCCAGCUCCAUAAAUCUAUGCUAGCAGAACCAUUGCUCAAAGAUGAGGAUUGGGCCAGGCAGGUAUUGAGACACUGGUAUGUUGAUGAAGCUGCCCUUGGUCACGAAGUAAAGACGUCGCUCUCCAUUGGCGCCGUUGACAGCCAUACCGUAGAUGAUACCCCAGACGACGAGUGGGCUAGCCUUCCGCCCGUGCCGAUGCAUGCUCAAAUUCUGGAAGACAUGGCGGCGGGCCGCAUUGCAAGGGGAGGAAACCCCCAGCAGCAACCAAAAGCCUACACGAAGCCCUACCACGGCAUAGGCACAGCCAGGAGGGAAGGCCCCAAAGCACAACUGGACCUCAGUAGAGCCGUAGGGUCUACAUAUCUCAUCAUCCGUCUCAUCUUAACCGAGCCUCCAUCAAGGGCCCGCAAGGACAUUGGCUGGGGUAAAUAUCCAUUGAGAUAUCUCGGGCUGCGGUCCGCGCACCGGCAGUCUGCUGUCAUAAGCGGGCUCCAAGCCAAAACCGAAACGGAAACCGCGCUUGUCAAGACUCGGAAUGGCACGCUAUUAUGGUCGGCGCGCGACUUCCACUUGCGUACUGUUUCUCUGCAACCCACUGCUUUCUGGUUGCUCGCCGUGUUCUGGAGAGAUGAGAAUGCCUUCACCUCUGUUGAGGGUUUGCUAAGGCGAUCUUUGAUUGGAGAGAGCAAUAAGAUUGAAAGCAUAAGUCUACAGUACGUCCUACCUCUUUACAUCCGCGUCCAACAACACCGGUCAACCUCCAAUACGGAACAAGACAUUAGGAGCUCGAUAAUUCCCUCAACCAUGGACCACAUCAGACCUUUUUCAAUAGAGAAGUCUAAACAAGACGAAUUCGUGCAAAGUAUCCCAAAGAUGAUUCAGGACUUUCUCAAUGAGCUUCCGAGGGUGGAAACAAGCAAGCUAGCAGAGGACGGCUGGUGUAUGAUCUGUCACCAGAAGUACGGUCUCGAAAAUCCGGACGCUGACACCAUCGAAGAGGCGGAAGAGGUGGUGUGCUUCCCAUGUGGCCAUCACGCUGGUCGAAAGUGCAUUUCGACCUGGUUACAGACAAGUGGUGACUCAUGCCCGCUGUGUCGGAAGAAGUUUUUUCUGGUCGUACCGUGGCCGCACAUCAUACCUGAUGAAAAGGACUGGGAGGAUCUGAAAUAUUAUCCUCCAGAUUUCGAGGACAUAUGCUCGAGCUUGCGUCGGUCAGACUACAUUCUCGAAAACGUUAGAACAGGGUUGAGAGGACGUUCGCUUCCUGGAUGGAUCGUGCGGGCGGCCGGAAAUUAUUAUGAGUACAACGAAUCGCAGGGUAACUUCUUUCGCGACCACGAAUUCCGGAAAAUGGUCGCGAGAAAGAUUCUCUCAACUUCGCCAUCAGAAGUUGAGAACGCGCCAUGGAUGCUGCAGGUAUAUCCUAGACCAGGGGACUUGGAAGCGCACGUCGAGGCCCUAGCCUCAGCACUUGGAGCAGCUUUGCCAAGAAGCGUAAUUUAUAUUCAGCUUCGAGAUCGCGGUGCCACGAUCUAUCAAGUGAAUACGUACACGGAUUCCGAAAAGCCGUACCAGGAUGAGGGAUUCUUUCGGAACCUAAUUUCGCGUGGCGGUUUGGACGGAGACCCGCUUAUGACGGAUGAUGGGCGAGGGUCAUGGUGGACGUAUCUUGGGGAUGGCAAUGAAUUCAGCACGUAUUUCAUGGGUUACUGGAGAUCCGGAUCAGACAGUGGAUUCCAUGGAGGGAUCGAUGAUCUCGGCAAGGAUGACGGGGAUACAGCUGAGGCGGAUGCGGCAUUUGGUAGAGGCUCAGACGUUGAAGAGGGUGAAUGGAUCUACAGUGGUGCAGACAAUGAUUCGGAUUGGAGGGUCAAUGACCCGACAGACGAGGAAGUGAGGCGGACGUUGAGCUGA